CGGUCUUGGCCACGUCCCCAAGCCACGUCGCGCUUUACUCGCCAUUUUCCCAUCUUCUGGACCCAGAAACGGUUUAUUCUAACAUCACAGUGUCAUUCAGCGCUGUCGGAUAAGAAAAAUAACCGUUGCCGGAGACCAGCAGAGUUCUUCAGAGAAUCUAGAAUCGGCCUGCUACUUGCCGCGUUCUUGCAAACAUGAAUAUUUUCAGGCUAACCGGCGACCUCUCCCACUUAGCAGCUAUCAUCAUCCUGCUGCUAAAAAUAUGGAAAACCAGGUCUUGUGCCGGUAUUUCGGGAAAGAGUCAGAUCCUGUUUGCCUUGGUGUUCACCACUCGCUACCUUGACCUGCUCACAUCCUUCAUCUCUCUCUACAACACCACCAUGAAGAUCAUCUACAUCGGAUGUUCAUACGCCACUGUGUACCUGAUCUACAUGAAGUUCAAGGCAACUUAUGAUGGAAACCAUGACACGUUUAGAGUGGAGUUCCUGGUCGUCCCUGUUGGUGGCCUGGCUUUCCUGGUUAACCAUGACUUCUCUCCUCUGGAGAUCCUGUGGACAUUUUCUAUCUACUUGGAGUCAGUGGCCAUACUACCUCAGCUCUUCAUGAUCAGCAAGACAGGAGAAGCUGAGACCAUCACCACCCACUACCUGUUCUUCCUGGGUCUGUACAGAGCUCUCUACCUCAUCAACUGGAUAUGGAGGUUCUACUUUGAGGGGUUCUUUGAUAUGAUUGCCAUUGUUGCUGGAGUGGUGCAGACCAUCCUCUACUGCGACUUCUUCUAUUUGUAUGUAACAAAAGUACUGAAAGGAAAGAAGCUGAGUCUGCCAGCCUAAGUGCCAAAGAAGAGUGUUUUCCCAGACUCAAAUCGGGGGAUUGGAGGGGAGGAGGAGGGGCAGCAGACACCUCUGACAGCCCCAUUCCCCCAAUAUCAGCAGUCACUUCCUCCUCUUCCCCUCCCACCAGUGUAAGAUGCCUGAGACAGAGAGCUAGCGGGAGCCACUGGCUGAUCUAGAGUCAGUGGAAUUGGAACACCUUCAGCAGCUGCUCCUUGGCCUGCAGAUUUCUGUUUGAUGCAUCUUGCCUUAACUUUUUUUAUUACUCUGUAUAACGGAAGGAAAAAAAAAAGUGAGAAAUGUUUUCUAUAUAAAAAUGUGUACUCUGGAGAUUCGACACAUCGAUGAAGCUCAAGAGAUAAAAUUGCCUGUGAUUUGGCAUUGUAUGAUAUAGAAGCAGACUUCUUGUGGUGGGAUAUUAUUGAGCAUUUUAAUAGUAUUUGCAAUCAAAAUAAAAUCUCUUUGUUCUUGUUUAUUUUUUUCUAAAUCUGACUGAGGAGGCUUGUAUUGAAUCCCAUAACUUUGAUUCUGCCGUUCUGUUUUUGGCCAGUAUGCAUUCCCAUUUGUAAUGACUGCUGCUCAUGCCUUUUGGUGGGGGAAAAAAAAUAGUAGAUGCCAUAAAUUUUUCUUUUUCAAAAUUAAAGCAACUCUGGUAAACAUAUUUUGGUUCAAAUGCUGUCAGAAAUGAUGGGCAUUAGUUCCUCAGUGUAUUCUCCAUCGCCAUAUGAAGCACAGUCCUUAUUAGGAGUAAACAUAAACGAAAACAAAGGUGUGAAGAAAGUUAGUGAACUCGCCGUGAAUUGCUUUCGUUUAAAGUGACCGAUGCCACCUGUAAUUAUACAUCAUUUAUUUCAGAUGGUUCCUUUUAUAUGUUUGAGAUGCAUAAACUCACUGGUUAUGUGCUGUGUGUGAAGUCCCACUGCAGAGGUCUUUUUUUUUUUUUUUUUCUUUUAGCUGCAAAUGUAUUUAUUUUUUAAUCUUCCUGCUGGUUUCCAAUAAACAGUCUGUAGAAAGUUCUACCUGUUGUGCAUAAUUUGAACCUAAGAAACGAAUCUCCCUAUUGGAUUUGGAAAGAGUGCGGCAGGAUCCUAUGAAGUUAUAUUGGUUUCUGAUAGAGUUUUCAUGCUCAUCAUUCUCAAGUUUUCUUUUCCAUUUCUCACCAGAGCUCUUGCAUGAUAUUACCACCACUAAUAAAAGCUUUGUGGGAAACAUU